AUUUUAGGUCCAGAUGCUGCACUUAAUGAGAAUUUUAGGACAAAAUGAUGAUGAAGUCAGUGAAGCAAUGAAUGAUAUUUUGGCACAGGUGGCAACAAAUACAGAUACCAGCAAAAAUGCAGGGAAUGCAAUUUUAUAUGAAACAGUAUUGACAAUAAUGGAUAUCAGAUCAGAAAGUGGCUUGCGGGUUCUUGCUGUGAACAUCCUUGGUAGAUUUUUGUUAAAUAGUGACAAGAACAUUCGCUAUAUUGCUAUGACAUCCCUGCUAAAGAUGGUGCAGACAGACCAUAAUGCAGUCCAGCGACACAGAGGAACAAUUGUUGACUGUCUCAAAGACACUGAUGCUUCUGUCAAGAGGCGUGCUCUUGAUCUGACCUUUGCCUUAAUUAAUGGCCACAAUAUCCGUUCAAUGAUUAAGGAGCUGCUUCAGUUUCUUGACCACUGUCCUGCAGAGCUCCGCUCAGACUGUGCUUCUGGAAUUUUUCUUGCAGCAGAGAAAUAUGCACCAUCUAAGCGUUGGCAUAUAGAUACCAUCCUCAGAGUACUUACAACGGCAGGAAGCUAUGUUCGGGAUGAAACGGUUCCUAAUUUGAUCCAGCUGAUCACAAAUACUUCUGAGCUGUACGCAUACACCGUUCAUAAGUUAUAUCAGGCAGUAUUAGCUGACAUUUCCCAGCAACCUCUAGUGCAGGUAGCUGCAUGGUGCAUAGGUGAAUAUGGGGAGUUUCUUCUUUCAGGAACAUGUGAAGAAGAAAAAACUGUCAAGGUGACAGAGGAUGAUAUGCUUGAUGUUUUAGAAAUAAUUCUGCAAUCCCACAUGUCAUCUCCAGCUACACGGGGAUAUGCUCUCACCUCUUUGAUGAAGCUGAGUACCCGUAUUAGUGACAAUGUGGAUCGAAUCCGGAAAAUUGUAUCCAUCUAUGGUAGCUGUAUUGAUGUGGAACUACAGCAGAGAGCCAUUGAGUAUAACACACUUUUUAAAAAGUAUGAUCAUAUGAGAGUGGCUGUCCUGGAGCGUAUGCCAGUAAUUGAAAAGAACUCUCAAGUCUGUUCUGAUAAGAGCACAAAAGUAUCAAAUGAUGAAAACAAGCCACUUAGCCUCUCAAAGCCAAAUCAGACUGAAGUUAAAAUUCAGAAUGCAGCAAACCAGCAAACAGUUGAUCUUCUGGACUUAAUUGGAAUAUCAGAUCCCUCUCCAGCACCAGUAGUACAAAAUAACCAAGAAAAGAUGGUAGGAGGAGAGCUCCUGGACUUGUUGGGUGGCAUCAACUUUGGAGAAAUACCCUCAAUCACUGCAUAUAAUAAGAACGGACUGACCGUUGAAUUCUUCUUUGAGAAAGUGGGCAAUAAUGAAUUGUCAAUACAAUUAAAAGCUAAAAAUGCCACAGCUAAGGAUAUGAAGGAAUUUAUUCUUCAAGCUGCUGUUCCAAAAAACAUCCUGAUCCAUCUACAGGCCCCAAGUGGAAGUGUGCUGCCUGCUCUUUGCAGUGGAUGCGUUUCCCAGACAAUCCUUAUCAGCAAUCCAAACAAA